AUGGUGAAACCGGCUGGGAAGGAGGCGACGUCGAAGGGCAAGCACCGCAACCAGAUCGAAUACAUCGAGGACAAGGAGAAACGGCAGGUGACCUCCUCGAAGCGCAAGGGCGGGCUGCUCAAGAAAGCCUCCGAGCUCCACCUGCUCUGCGGCGCGCACGUCGCCAUCGUCAUCUUCUCCCAUAAACAGGACGCGAACCCAAACCGUGUCGCCGCGGCGGCGCGUCCGGGCGGCAGACGCUCCUCCUCCACCAGGCGCAGGGGCGGCAACGUGUUCGCGAUGGGCACCCCGUCCGUGGACCACGUGAUGAGCCGCCUCGCCGCCGUCGUCCCGCUCGCCGGCUGCGGCGAAAACUACCACCGCGCCGCGCUCGAGGAGGACGCCGCCGUCGCUGGGCGCGAGGGGGCGGAGGCGACCGCGCAGCGGAGGGACGAGGCCAGGGAGCUCGUGGACGCGGAGGAGGCGCGGAUGAAGGCCGUCGCGGACAAGGUGUGGCGGGCCACGGCCGUGGGGCGGUUCUGGUGGGAGGCGGACGUGGAGGCGCUCAGCGAGGCGGAGCUGCCCGAGUUCGGCGGCGCUCUCAAGCGGCUCAGGGACAAUGUGCUGCGACGCCACGCCGACAAAUUGGUGCUUCAGUAG